GGGGAGGAGAGAGUAGAGACGUGAGAGAGAGAAGGAGAAUAUAAAUUGUGUAGUUCUGGAGAAGGUAUAGGUUUAGGUAACCUUGUCCUCUGGAAAUCUGGUGCACGACACGAGAUUAUAGGUCCAGACUACAACGUCACGAUUUGUUAUGAUUAGAUUUUGCUGUUUCAGCACUUCUUCCACCGAGGAGGCAGUUGACUGGGAGUUCUUGGAGUUUUACGAUCUAACCAGUCCGGUGACACCGCGAGAGAGGCGGUAAGCAGAGAGAGAUAGUGAAAGCCGCAGAGAGAGAUAGUGAAAGAGGGUAGCCUACUACUAUGGCCCCGUUGCAGUUCGCGGUGUACUGGCGUCUCGCGCUCAUAUUCUUCUUCAUGGCGUUUCUCUUCUUCCUCGACCUCUUCGCCGUUAGCAGAUCAACCUCCUCGUGCAAUAACGUCCCGGGUGAGUUACCGGCUGCUAGUCAGACCUUUGGAGAAGUAUCUUCUAGUGCCCAUACACAUAACUGGACUACAUGGGAAGUGCGCGAGGUAAACGGAUCACUUUUACAGGUAUUGUUACAGCAACAGGAUGAGAUUACGGGUGGGAACGACACGGAAAUAGAGAAUGGUACAGUGUGUAUGGAUCCAGGGGUGAUGUCGUACAGUCAGACCAUCUACAUGAUUGGCCUUCUGCUGGGAUCUCUGUUCGGAGGAGCUCUCUCUGACAGGUACGGUAAGCGAGCAGUGCUGCUGGUGUGUGUGUGUGUUAAUGCCGUGACUGCUGUGCUGCCGGCAGCCCUUCCUCACGCCCUCCUCUUCCUCACCCUGCGCUGUUUGGCCGGGGUCUCCUGCUGCUGUAUCAAUAUCUGCAGCUUCAGCCUGGGUGUGGAAUGGAGUCUUCCCAGGUAUCGUAUUUGGCCCCCGGCCCUCCUGUCCUUCUCCUUCAGCCUGGGUAUGAUGGCGUUGGCACCGCUGGCGUACCUUACACACACCUGGACACAGCUACACCUGGGACUGGCCGUACCACAGAUCCUCUGUCUGCCUCUCUUCUAUUCUAUUCCUGAGUCUCCUCACUGGCUGCUCCUGAAGAGGAGAGCAGAGACUCUGGAGGGGUAUAGGAGACACAGUCCUAAGGACAAACGAUUUCUAGACCUGUUGUUGGACACAGAGGGGAAGGAUCUGCAGGAAGUCCACCUGGAGACACACACACUGGAGACUGGCACACCUGACAAUGAGACACACCCACUUGAGACUGACACACCUGACAGUAAGACACACACACUGGAGACUAACACACCUGACAAUGAGACACACCCACUUGAGACUGACACACCUGACAGUGAGACACACACACUGGAGACAGUCACACCUGACAAUGAGACACACCCACUUGAGACUGACACACCUGACAGUGAGACACACACACCAAAGGCAGACACACAAACAUGGGAGGAACACACACUUUCCCACUGCGGACACAUGAGAAGUCCCACCAUCCUACUGCGCCUGGUCAUCUUGAGUUACAUUGGGCUAGCAUCAGCCCUGACGUACUACGGUAUCUGUAUGAAUGUCGGGCGGUUCGGGGUGGAUGUCUUCCUGGCUCAGUUCUUCAGCGGCCUAUCAGAGGCUCCCUGCCUGCUCGUCCCAUUCCUAUUGGCUCGCUGGGGCAGACGACCGAUCACCAUGCUAUCCCUGUUCCUCAGUGGCUCCUUCUGCCUGCUGUCCCUGCUCGCAUCACGCUUCUACGCUGUCCCAGGGUUGGUGAUGGCUCUGGCCCUGGUGGGGAAGCUGUGUAUGCAGACCACUGUGUUUGUGUGUGUACUCUACGGCAUCGAGCUCUUCCCUACGCUCAUCAGACAGAAGUGUGUGGGUUUGGUGUGUCUGUGUUACAGGGUGGGCUGUAUCCUGAAUGCGGUGAUCAGUCCUAGAGGAGAAACCAUCCCAUUGGCCGCUAUGAUCCUUUAUGGGAGUGGCCCCAUUGUUGGGGCGGGACUGUGUCUGUUUCUACCGGAGACCAGUGGUGUGCCGCUCCCUGAUUCGCUGGAGGACUGUGACAAACAGCCCAGUCUUCAUCUACCAACCUUCCCUUCCCUUUGGUCUUCAGAGGGUGCUCAGCGGAUGCCCCAGCUGACAAAGCCUGUCCAUUCCUGGGAGACACAGACCCAGAGAAGCCCUCCCACAACCCACAGGAUCCCAAAUGACUCAAACUGCACAUACUCACACACACACACCACAAACACACACAUGCUGUAGAUACAUGUAUUUUAAGUUCCAUGGUGCUCAGUUGGUACAGAACACAAUAAACUGGGAGGUACUACCUGAACUCUGAACAAUAAACAUUGCAAUACAUUUUGCGACGUUGUGCCCUACUGAACACGACCCUGGUUCUAGUGUUUUAUAGGUUUGAUCCUGUAUCUCCCACAGCCUGUAGAGACUAGCUGAGAGCGUGUUUAAACACAGACCUGACUGUGAGAUGUGAGGAAACAUUGCUAAUGUAGCAUUGUAUAAACAGCUCUGCGCGAAGGUUGUGUGUUUUUCAUUUUCUGUACGUGUGUGUUAUCCUCGCACAAUCAUGAACCUUCCUUGCACCUUUGCUGACAUUUCUACAAUGUUUCAUGUCAAGUUGACUUGAGAUGGGGGGGGGGGCUGUCUUAUCAUGAAGGGUGUGGUCUUGUUGCUGUAUGUUUGGUAUUGAACUCAGAUGUCUGUAGUUAUGUGUAGGAAUGUUGUCCUGUCUGUUGGCAGGGUCAGGCUGUUGAAAUGACCAAUUGUUUCCCAUGAUGUGCUGUUGUGUGUUCUUAUAGGCAUUUGACAUGCUGAGGAAUGUUCUCCUGCACAGUCUGUACAUUUCCUGUCUGUUGCUAUUAAAUAAAAAAAAAUAAAAAAAUAGAA